CGGGUCAGUUGACAAGAAAAACACAGCUUAAUUAUGAUGACUUUAACAACCAUCAUAAUUGCUAUUGACCUAUUGACAGGUAGGACCCACGAGGAGAUUACCUGUAGCAGAGAGACUGCUCGGGCAAAUGCCACAGUCAUAUGCUUUUGCCUUCCUCCAGUGAGCAGCCAGCGCGUUUUACUGAAUGGGAGCAUCAUGUGAAACUUGAGGCGUCUGGCGUAAGGAUUUCUGUGUGGACGCCGCACGUACUCUGGCUGCAGCAGGACGCAGCGAGAGGGACAUUUCAUUCCUGUGGUGUCUGUCUUCAGUGUAGGGUUUUUUUUUGUGCGUGUGUGUGUGUGUGUGGUUGCGUUUUGCUUUGAAUCAGCACAUAGAGUGAUGUGUACAUGGAGGACAUAAUUCGGGACGUUGUUUGGUUUGUGUUGGUGAGAUAUGGAGACCGGACGCGCUGUGGAUGGACCCUGCGCGGUGAAGUUUGCGUGGAAGCGGGUCGACAACAGAGAUCUUGUGCUAUUUAUCUCAGAGGAGAUGUAGCAGGACUCUUCAGUAUGACAUAGACCUCGGUCCCCCUGCCUACACAUCUUCAGGGAUGGAUCUCGUGAACUUCACGACCGUCAUCGACAAUGGCUUCUUAGACGAGACGCCGUCGAGCCGCGUGCUGACCGGCUGCUUCCUCUCGCUGCUCAUCCUCACCACGCUGCUGGGGAACACACUGGUUUGCGCUGCCGUCACCAAGUUUCGUCACCUGCGCUCCAAAGUCACCAACUUCUUCGUGAUCUCGUUGGCCGUGAGCGACCUCUUGGUGGCCAUCUUGGUGAUGCCGUGGAAGGCGGUGACGGAGAUUGCAGGCUUCUGGCCGUUUGGCUCCUUCUGCGACACCUGGGUGGCUUUUGACAUCAUGUGCUCGACCGCGUCCAUUUUGAACCUUUGUGUGAUAAGCCUGGACCGCUACUGGGCCAUCUCCAGCCCCUUUCGCUAUGAGAGGAAGAUGACACCCAAAGUGGCCUAUGUUAUGAUCAGUGUGGCCUGGACGUUAUCUGUCCUCAUUUCUUUUAUCCCUGUGCAGCUCAACUGGCACAAAGCCCAGAGUAAACCUUACAAGCCGCUCACUGAGGCAUUAGUGUCACUGGGAUCAAACACUACAUCCCUCCGCACUUCUGAAAAUUGUGACUCCAGCCUGAACAGAACCUACGCCAUCUCCACCUCACUCAUAAGCUUCUAUAUCCCCGUUGCCAUAAUGGUUGCCACAUACACACAGAUUUACCGCAUUGCUCACAGACAAAUCAGAAGGAUCUCUGCCCUGGAGCGUGCUGCAGAGAGUGCCAAGAACAGACACAACAGUGUGGGCCGGGGCUCCAGCAUCGCAGAGUCCGAGAGCUCUUUCAAAAUGACGUUCAAGAGGGAGACAAAAGUGCUGAAGACACUGUCAGUGAUAAUGGGGGUGUUUGUGUGCUGCUGGCUGCCAUUUUUCAUCCUAAACUGCAUGGUACCCUUCUGCGAGCAGUCAAGCGGAGGAGAGGCCUUCACUUGCAUAAGUCCCACCACCUUUGACGUAUUUGUGUGGUUCGGCUGGGCUAACUCCUCCCUCAACCCCAUCAUCUAUGCCUUCAAUGCCGAUUUCCGCAAGGCCUUCUCCAUCCUGCUGGGCUGCCACAGACUGUAUCCAGGAGGCCACAACGUAGAGACGGCCAGUCUAAACAAGAAGUGACUCAUGACUCUCCCUCACUGACUCAUCCCUUUAUUCUAGGAGUUCAGGAGCUUAAUGUGCAUCCGGACUGGCUGAGAAGAGGACGCUGCUGUCUGCGCUUCUGAGCUAACGCUUAGUGUGACUGAAUGGUACAGUGACACUGUGUGCACAUGUUUGCAUCGGGUGAGUGUGACCCUGCUGUGUUUUCUGUGGCUGUUACACAACCUUCCGAAGUGAGAAUCAUGUCUGGGAGCAGAGUGGAUUUGGGAUUGAGAUUAAGAUGGUGCUGGUUGUGCCAGGGGUCUGAGCGUGUACCGGUUCUGACAUGGCUCCAGGAUGGAUAAUCCACAGAAUCGGGCGGCAUGCACUGUGUCAGACACUGCUGUCCUCCUUGACAUCACACUCUGCAGUACACGGCGUCAAGGCAUCCUCCGCUGAAUAAAGCGCAAUUGCUGCACAACUCGUGCACUUUACCAAAUCACAUGACAGCUCACAGAUCUACUGUUACACGAGAUUAAAAUUGUCUGCAAAGAGUGAGGUCAUGCAUCUAACCAAAUCACGUUUGGUGUAGGUGCAGGAACACAAUAAACCCAAAAGUGACUUAAUAUUACAGACAGAAUGCAAAACAGAGUGGAUGAGAUGCAUUUAUGGUUUCUGUGACGGCUCUUUAAAGGGAAACUGUGGUCCUAAUUUCUUUUUGAAAGUAACAUUAAGGUGUGAUGAUGUACUCUAGGCUAGUAGGAUCUUCCUUUACCUCAGCCAGUUGUUGGAUUAUUAUAAAUAGAUAUCAUAUUAAUGCAUAACAUGUUAAAGCUUGAAGUGAAAGUGAACCAAAAAUUGCCUUGUGGCUGGACAAUUUUUAACUUAAUCAACCAGUCUUUCUCCAAUCGGUGAUACUACAUACCAGCACUUGAAGGUCUCUGUACUGAUAACACUCUUCAAAGUAGAAACUACUACUGCAGGAAAUAGAGUCAAGACUAACUCAAAUUUGUCUAUUUUCUCUAUUAGUAAGAUGUUUAAAACUACUGAAAAUGUAGUUUUCCCAAAUUUGAGAUUUAUCUCUGUUUUAUGUGGGCAGGACUUUGUCUAUUAUCAGUAAAGCUGAACAAUGUCCUACAAAAUUGCUGUGUUUUAUAAUUUGGCUGUUUCUGCGUCUGUCAAACAUGCUGGAAUUAGAAAUGUUGGCCGGCUUGGACAAAUCUCAGAUGGGUAGCCUCUUCCUGUGAAGUUGUUUUUCUGCUACUAGUACUGAUGAGACACACAAGCUGCAUGUAAUAAUGGAUUGAAACUUUUCAAUAUUACCUCAGAUCAUCUCGAAAUGAUUGCAACUUUGACAAAAUUGGAUGUUAAACAGACCAGUAAGCCUAAGAACACAUCCAAACUGGUUUUGGAAUGGAUGAAACAGAUCUAACAGUCUUCUGGUCUUCCAAAAACCCAGAGCUAAGAGUAAGAAUAUUCUUGCCAGAAAAUCAACAAAUUAAAAUGAACUCUACCAGAAAGAGUGGACAAUUUGCUGCUAAAUCUACUACAGAAGCUUCUGCAAUUUUGUGGAUUAAAUAAAAUCCAUAAUAAAUCGAAAUUUGUGCACCAGGUUUUUAAUAAAGUCAGGUGAUUUUGUAUGAUCUAUUCCAACCUGGAAAAUUGCUUAAAUAGAUUGUUAUCAACAGAAACUAUCAUGACAUCCAUGAUAUAUGAGUGGAUAUAAUCUUGUGGUUGGAACUACAUUUUGUUGUGCAUCAUGUUGGCUUUUAGGCAAAGAAACCGAAUAACUUUGUCUGCACAACAGGAUAUAUACUGGAUUAGUGCUCAUUUAAUGAAUAUCCACACUAACUUCCUGCUACGAUUACACUUUGUGAACUUUUGUUUCACUGUGCAGGCAAGUCAGGUUAGAUUUUUUUUAAAGUUUGUCUUAUGAGAUGAAAUAAAAAAGCCACAGAUUACAUCAAUGAGCUGUUUGAAGCUCAGGAAAGUACAGGAGCAGCAGAAGUAAAGCCUUCGAAAUUGUCUAAAUACUGCACAAGGUGAAAACUGCAAUUUAUUGCUUUCCGUUCUAAGAUAGAACACAUACUUUAUCUCACAAUAAGUGCAGAUAAUAGUUAAUUAUUUCUCCUUGAGUAGCAGUGAACUUAUUUUUACAACAAACAAUAACAAAAGGUGACCAAUUUGAGUAAAUUAGAAAAAACAACAACUUGUGCUUAUUUGGUUUAACUAUUCCUCCCUCUUGAAAAUUAUACAUUCACAAAUUGUAAAAAUGAGCAUGUCUCUAUUUGUAAAAGGGAAUAAAAAGCAUGUAAUUAGGAGAAAGAUUUUCUGUCUGACAUCUAAAAUCACGGCUUUUAGUUCAAAAUAUGACUUUAAAUUCAGUACAUUUUUAAAUUGAGUGUUACUGAAUGAAUUCAGAGUUGGACAUUGAAACUCGUUUUAAUGUGUUAUGCAGCGUUGGUUGGUUUCUAGCUUUACUUUUCAGUUUAGAUUUGGAAGGAGUUCAUUCUAGUCCUGGUACAAAGAUAAAGACGUUUUACAUUUCUCCCAAGUGUCUCUUUGCAUUAUAGAGCCCAAGCAGAUGUUUAGUGAAUUUGUUGAUGCGUAGGUUAUUUUUCAUCAGAUCCACCGUGUCGUGUGUUUUUGGCUGUUCAGCUUUGAACCCUUUACAUCAAAAGCCCUGGGGCUAACUUCACACCAGCGUGCAGGAAUAAAACCUACUGGGAUCAGCUGUGUUUCAUAUCCGCCAUCUCAUAUAAUUCUGGUGUUCUUGUGUCUGUUGAAUCUGGCGAUGUAUUGCCAUCAUUAGCAAAGUGAAGAGCCCCAUCUGGUCCUGUGAACAGCUGGCAAUAAUAAAGCGGUGCAACUACUGUGGCACCUCUGGA